UCAAAGGUUAGAUUAAGUUAGAUUCUUUACAUUCAUUCAAAGCUGUAGAAACUAAGGUCUGCAAUCAUGUUUAAAGUCAGAUUUACAUACCAAGCCUCCGUAGAUACAGACAUCAACCUUUGUGUCGGGGAUAUUAUAUCCAAUGUCGAGGAUGUCAGUAAUGGCUGGUCUAUGGGGCUAAAUAUAUCAACUGGUAAAACUGGAACAUUUCCAACUAAUUUCAUUGUCAAGAAAUUGUCAUUCAAAGACAAGGUCAAAAGAAUGUCAUUGGCAAAGAAGAUGACUGAUGAAUUAGUCCUGAUGUCCAAAAACAACAGCGAAAGUACAGAAACUUUGGUUCCUCGGAAUAAGGCAGAAAUUCCUGAUCAUGUCUUACAAAGAAGACUAACUCGUGUUCCUGGACAUUCAAAUAUUAUAGGUGUCAAACUUCCUAAAAUGGUUCCAAAGCCAGUCAAAUCCUUUGGAAACAACCUGGUCCAAAGUAGUCGUGGUGAAUAUAGGAUCCUGAAAGCCAUCUUUGGGAUAUUUGGAGGUUUUAUUGCCUGUGGAAUCCUGUUUGUUCUUUUACGAUACAGUUAUGAUUAUUCUCUACAAAACUCUUGCUACAUAACACUUGGAUUAUCCCUUCCUAUAUGUGUAGCAUUAGCCCUGUCUACGCACAUGAGAUGCAUCUUUUUACUGAUGGUUCCAAACCUGUUCACUGGAAAAGGACGAGCUGUAUUUAUGUCCAUUAUUUUUGCCAUGUUACUUGCUGGUCCUGUAGUCAACAUUGUAUACAAUGCAGAGCAAGCAUCUGAAUCAAUGGCCUGCACCCAGGAACUGAUCUACAACCAGACUUCUAUCCUCAGAAGUCAGCUUGAAGAACCAAUCAGAAGAAUAGAACGGACAAUUUAUGAAGGCCUUGACAAGUUGAAGAACAUUGCAAAUUCUAUUAAAAGUGCUAUUGCACCAGUUACUAAUGCAGUUGAUGCUUUUGUGAAUGGUCUCAAUGCAGCUAAGAAUGCACUAGAAAAUGCAGCUAAGGAGUGUAGUAAUGGUAUUAACACAGCUCAGUCUAAAUGUGAGCAGGGAAUCAACAGUGCUAAAUCCGAGUGUGAAAAAGCACUUAAUUCUGUUGACCCUACAGACGAUAUUAUCAACUUUGGGAAAGACGUGGCUAAUACUGGGGAUUCAGUAGUGAGGUCAAUUGGAAAUGGUUUCCGUAGGGUGUUUGGGAAAAAAAGGAAAAGAAGGAGAGCUAUGACAGAGGAAGAGAAAAAUGCAAUAGAGUUAGCUAAACAGCUGAUUGGGCAAGACACACCAUUACAAAGAUAUGGUAUCUACCUAAAAUCUAGGAAUGCUGAGAAGAUAACCAAUGACACCCGACUGCAUAAACAGCAUUCACUGAAAAGGUCAAAGAGAGGGGUUUUGGAUAAGAUAUGUGUCGUUCUUGACAUUGGCGAUGUUUGUAAAGUUGUCCAAGUAGCCAAUGUUCUCGUCUGUAAGCCUAUUAAAUUCAUAUCAACUGUCAUAGAAGGUGCGAAUAAUGCGGUUAAUUCCGUCCUUAACACUGUCAUCUCCUUCUUUUAUUUUGACUUUGAUGGAGGUAUCAGUGCAACUGGAAAUAUCAAUUCCUCAAAAACAGCAGCACAAAUCAUUUCCGAAGUGAAAGCUGACAUACAGUCUAGAACUAAAUGGAUUCUAACAGUAUCUGGUAUAGUCAGUAACAUUCUCAUCAUCACUCUAUUGUUAUUAUUUCUCAAGUCAAUCUUCUAUCUUAAGAAGUUCCUCAGUAAGGAUCGCUAUGACAAUAUCUACAUUACAAAGGCUUUCAAGAUUUAUGACCAGCAAUGCAAAGCACAGGGAAAACCAUCAGUUUUGCCACUGAAGAGAAAGGAACGCAGAAACUAUGCAGACACUCGGUCACCAUGGCUGUCAUCAAAAGAAAUAGCUCAUGCUAAAACUGGUAUUACUAAAAUUGGAAUUCAUCUCUUGAUAGCUACUGUUAUCAUUGUCUUUGACUAUGUCCUUUACUUUGUUCUGAUGCUCAUUGAUCGCUAUGGUAACCUGAAUAUAAAUAUUGGUGGCAACAGUUAUCUGAAUGUAUCAGUAGAAGGCAGUGGAUUUAUUUCAGCAUUUUUGAGAGCUUUCCUAACCACUGUUGAAUUGAAUUCUGACUUUGGUGUAGAGUUUAACCUAACAACUUGUAUCCCUAAUCCCAGUAAACCAGAUGACAAUAAUAUCUACAAGUUUAGUUUUCUUUACUUCUUUGCAUUUGUAUUCCUUAUAAUGCAGGCUUAUGGUUUACGUUUAAGAAGGAAAAUUGUCACAUUCUUCUAUCCAGAACGAGAUAUUGAGAGGAUAAAAUUUCUUCAUGAGAAAAUACGACACCAGAGAAAAUCCCUGUUGAAUUGGCUGACCCAGCAUGUCAUAUCUCGUAACAAGCAAUUCCAUAUGGAAAAUCGUAUAACUUUCCGUGGAUGGAUGGAAUACCGCUGUCCAAUAUUUGCUAGAUAUUUUUGCCCUUGUCUACCGAAAUACAAGAUAUGCAUAAGUUGUGAAAAUAAGCACAAUGGUACAAUUCAAUUCCAUCAAUGUGAGAAAUGUCAGUCUAAUUAUUGUGAGGAAUGUUUUGGAGACAUGAAGUACAGUUGUCUCAUUUGUAAUACUAAAUCAAACAUGUAAAAACCUCAUGCUUACCUAUAGCAACAUUCUGUCCUGAACAUGGAUUCUUCACAAAAGUGGAGUGUGUACAUUUAAUAUCAUACAUAUACAUAUAUAUAUAUAUAUAUAUCUACUUUAACCGAAAAAUAUACUAUGAAUCAAUAAAUA